AAACACAGAUUAUAAUUUACUUUGCAUUUUUUUCUCUGUUAUCAUUUCUCUUUGCUUUUUGAUUAAACGUCAUUUUGCGUCAAUCAUAAUUAUACGGAGAAGCUAAUUUCAAGAUUAUUAAUUAUGCAUCAAAAUUAUUAUGGUAAUAACUUAUUUUCACCGGAAAACUUCAAAUAUGUAGAAAUAAAUAAACAACCUGCCGCAACAUGCGAUAAUUUUCUCAAUGGAGUUUUAAAUGCUAAAAAUAUUUUAUGUAGUCUUGAGAGAAGUCUGAAAAAGACUCAAAACUACGAAGACCAGUUGUUAAAGUGUCAGUGUAAACAUUUUCACACAGCCAAUGAGCAGUAUGUCUUCUCAAAUAAAAACGAUUCUUCAGAAAAAUGUGCAUCAUCAAGAAGCUCAGAAGACUUGGCGAAUGAUUGGGCCUCUAUGAACGUUGUCUGUCUCAAAUAUCAGUAUGAAGAACUAUCAGCGCGAUAUGAUGUUUUAUUACGCGAGUAUGACGAACGUUGUAAUCUAGAAACGUCCCACAAGGAAACAAUCAGUAGAUUACGAAAUCGUAUGAAAAGAAACCAUACAAAUCUUAUUGAAGCUAACAAAGCAUUAUUGGCGGUUGGCGAAAAAUACAUGAAGCUUAGACAGAAAAAACUUAUAGAGAAGGAGUGGUUCGAGCAUCGCAUAGAACAAUUGAAGCAGCGUAUAGAAGAUGUUGUUAGAACAGCGGAAAGAGCGCGGCUUGAACUCGAUGACCAGUUAAAUAAUUGUCAUGAAGACAACGUUUCGCUAUCGCUACUUGUGGAAGAGGUCUUACUUCGUCUUUAUUACAGUGAAGAAGAUACUAAACAAAUGAAGAGUCUGUUCGUUUAGUAUCUCCUUUUUUAUAGAAAGUUUGCCUCAUAU